AUGUCUUCUUCGGCCAGUACCAGAGCUUCAUCACGUGCUGAGCGAAAGACAGCGGCAGAUACUGGAAGUGGACAAGGACAACCACUACGCGCAUCUGCGCAAGAAAGAAGCAGAAAUGAAAGAUCGGAUUCUAGAAUGACGCAAUCGCCUCAGCCCUCUACGUCUGGAACGACUCACAGAAGAGCGGCGUCAGGAACGCAGCGAACGAAUAGAGGGGUAGAAGAAAGGCGGACCGAGAGAGUCCAUGUUACUACGAGAGAAACUCUGAGCAAGAGAACUCGAAGUCCAGACCGUCGGACUGCACCAUCUUCACAUCCUGUAGAGAGGCCAAGGCCAGCCGAGCCAAGUCGGACAUACUCUGAAGACCCCAGGCCUAAGUCUAGAGUGGAGGCUCCAGAAGUACCAUGGCUUCCGGAAGUAUCCCUGAUUCCUCAUACAACUGCACCUUUGGCAUCGCGAAUAUCUAUACCACCACUUGCGUCUCAAGCUCCCCAAGCUCUGCAGCCUAAACCAUUACAUGAACUAUCCUUGGAGGUACAAGAGGCGGCGAUCCUCGAGGAUUUACUAAUGGUAUUUAUGGGCUAUGAAGGGCAAUAUAUCAGAUUCUCCAAAAACUAUAAUCCUUCUGUGGAGAAAGACCGUCUGGCGGGGCCCGGAUAUAAAAUAUUGCCUGGGCUAGAUCCCAGUCUACAAGAUCUGACGACGACAAUGUUAAAAAUGGCAACGCACUAUGGUGCCAUUGAGGCAUUUGUGGAAGUUCAAAGCCGAGAAGAGUUUGGAGCUGUAAAUCAUGCCCUUUGCGCUGCGAUCCGGAAACUUCUCCACGAUUAUUUAAUCUUGAUUGCUCAACUGGAGACCCAAUUUCUGACCAAUCCUUCAUUCACAUUACACGUACUAAAUCUUCAUACUCUACCUACGAGCCAUAUGAUGUUCCAGGUCUACUCCUUGGCCCACGCAAUAUUGAAGCGAAACUCGCUAUUAGAAGAGGACCUUGAGGAUUCUGACGAUGGUUUAGAUGAUAUUGAGAACAUUUUGGAGACUUUAAGAGAGGAAGGAGAACUUGGUCCAGGAAACAUACCUGGGAAGAAGAUUUGUAAAGGUGGUAGUGUUUUGGGACUCAUCACGAAGCGUUUGGAGACUAUGUCUGGAGACCCUGCUGCUCGAUCGCUUCUUACGUCUCUUUUGAGGGAUGCCAGUCGACCCUACAUGAUGAUGCUGAAUGAGUGGCUUCAUCAUGGAAGUAUCAAGGAUCCUCAUGCAGAGUUCUUGGUCCGAGAGCAGAAAAGUAUCAGACGGGAGCGAUUAGAGGAAGAUUACACCGACGAAUACUGGGAAAGGCGGUACACGAUCAGAGACAACGAUGUACCUCCACAGCUCGAAGAUGUUAAAGACAAGGUUCUGCUGGCCGGCAAAUAUUUGAACGUAGUAAGGGAAUGUGGCGGCGUUGAUGUGAGCAAAGAUGUCACAGAUGUUCCGCGAUCUUUUGAUGACAACCGUUUCUUGGACAAUGUCAACAGCGCCUAUGCACAUGCCAAUGAAUCUCUUCUGCAGCUGCUGUUGACAACACAUGCACUACCUGCACGACUUAGAUCUCUCAAGCACUACUUCUUCCUCGACAGGUCCGACUUCUUCUCUUCUUUCCUGGAGCUUGGCAAUUCCGAGCUUUCCAAACCGGUCAAGAAAGUCAACACUAACAAGUUACAAUCUUUGCUGGACAUUGUAUUACGGCAACCUGGCAGUGUUGCAGCACAGGAUCCAUUCAAGGAAGAUAUUAAGAUUGAGAUGAAUGAGGUCAGUUUGACAAACUCAUUGACAAGAGUGGUCAACAUUUCAGGAAUCGAGCAAGGCGAAUCACUUCAGACCCCAGCUACUGCUCAGCCAAGUAACGAGAGUGACAAGGCGGCUAUAGGGUUCACCUCUCUGCAGCUGGAUUACUCCGUCCCAUUUCCCGUGUCACUUGUCAUCAGCCGAAAGACGGUUUGGAGAUACCAGGCUUUGUUCCGAUACCUUCUCUCCUUACGAUACCUGGAAAACCAGCUCCUUACAAGCUGGCAGACGCACAACCGAGCUGCCAGUUGGUCCCAUAAAAGUUCGAAUAAGGAAAUAGAGCUGUUGAAACGACGAGUAUUUACAUUGCGAGCUCGCAUGUUAGUUUUUGUCCAACAACUCUUGUAUUUUUGCACAGCGGAGGUUAUUGAGCCGAAUUGGCAAGCUCUGAUGGCGAGACUCAAUGCCAAAGAGGAUGGUAAGGGUGGACCACCACCAGUACGAACUGUGGACGAGCUUAUGCAAGACCAUGUUGAUUUUCUUGAUACAUGUCUGAAGGAGUGUAUGCUUACGAACAGUAGACUUCUAAGGGUCCAUUCAAAACUGAUGCAGACCUGCACCCUAUUUGCAUCCUACACUGGCCACCUCUCACGAGAAUUGGAGCGAACAGAUCCAGACCUUGCCGGUGCAGAAAAGCCAGCUCACAUGAACCAAUCACAAUGGGCACGAUAUCAGACUCAUCGAAGCCAACGGCAGGGCGAUUCAACCUCCAAUCCUCCGGGUACUGAGGAUGCACGACUGGAGAAGAUGUGGGAAAUUGUUAAGAAGUGCGAGUUCCAUUUCAGCAGGCACUUACAAAUCCUGCUAGACUCGCUGAAUCACUACGCUGCCACUGAGACGGUGGUAUUAUUGGGACUGUGUGCAAGGUUGAGCACAGCAAAUCAGGGAACGCAGUACAGCGGUCUGAAAGCUGAUGGAGAUGCAGCGGUUCAAGCAUGA